AUGCAUGUUUCAAAAUUUUUGCUAGUCUUGCUCCCUGUUCUCGCCAAUUGCACUGGUUUCAUUCGUCUGAACUUCACAUCAUCUCGACGAAUCAAUAUCAAAAUUGAGAUCAUUGAUGAAUCUCAAAAAUCCUUCGAAUUGCCCCUCUACCCAAACAGUACAAGAUCAGCAGUUUUUGAUUUGCCUGAGUAUAAAGGAUAUGUUGAUUAUAAAAUCACAAUGAUUAGUAUGUUCACUGGAACCGUAACUGGCUCAAUGGUCCAUCGCCGGAUUCAUCUUGACCAAAAAUAUUCGAAUGAUGCCUUCAGUUCUGAUGGUAUUCUUUUGUCAAUUCAAACAACUUAUGAGUGUGCAGGGUGAGUAAUUUAUUUAUUUAUUUGCUAAGGAUUAUAAUUCUAACUAUUUCAAAUUUCAGAAACUUCUAUGGUCCUCGUUGCGAACAACAAUGCGAUAACAAACUCGCCAAUUUGGCUCGUAAACGUUGUGACAAAAUGGGAAAAAUCAGAUGUGACUACGGAUGGAUGGGACCAAAAUGCAGUCAAGGUAUGUUCAUUUGUUUACCCAGGUGUAACCUUCAUUAAUCUCUUUUAUUUUAGCCGUUGAUCCACGUAAAUGCUCAUGCGAAAACUCAGGAAUCUGUGUCACAACAUCUUUCUCAAAUACAACUCUCGAAUGUGAAUGUCAAAAUGGUUUUGCUGGAGACAAGUGUGAAAUUAGUCUUGGAAGAAACGAAAAAGCUGUUCCAUCAGAAUCUUGUUCAAACAAAGAUGUUUGUCUUAAUGGAGGAACUUGCUUUGCGAAUGGACCAAAACAUUUCUGUGCUUGUGCUCAUGGAUUUGACGGAGAAUUUUGUGAAAUCAGUCUUCGAGGAGAUCAAAGAUCUAUUUCGGAAAUUGAAAAGAAAGAAGGAUACAAUUAUUUUGUUAUAACUUGCACAAUCUUUUCUCUCUUCAUUUUAUUAUGCAUUGCCUGCUGUUUUACUUAUCGUAACCGCGGUUCACGAUCAGAUGCUCUUCAACGCGGACAAACCUUCGAUUUCCCUCAAAUGGCUAAAGUUGAUGUUGUUAUGGUCAAAUCAGAUGAAAAACAAAUAUAUACUAUUGAAAAUGAUUAUACGACUGCUCCAAUUAAAUCAACUGAUCCAGUUUAUUCAACAAUUCAUCGCCCUCCACCACCACCAUCUCAAUUUCCCCCACCGACACCAAUCUGGCCCUAA